AUGGCGGCAGCGACAGGCCUCGGGUCGCUGCCGUUUUUCUUCAUGGAGAUGGAGGAGGAGUGGGCUGGCGUGUGUAACGGCGUGGCUUGCGGCGUGAUGAUGGCAGCUAGUUUCGACUUAGUCUCCGAGGGAAGGUUGCACGACAGCGGAUCAGGCGGCGCGUGCGUUGUGGUAGGGAUUAUUCUAGGCGGGCUGUUCAUUGUUUUAAGUCAGCGGGUAUUGGAGCAGUUCGGGGACGUUAAAAUGAUGGAUUUAAAAGGCGCAUCGGCCAACCGCGUGGUUCUCAUCCUCGUUAUCAUGACCCUCCACUCCUUCGGCGAAGGCUCGGGAGUCGGCGUCUCCUUCGCCGGCCCUCGCGGGCUGUCGCAGGGGCUGCUGGUAACCAUCGCCAUCGCCGUGCACAACGUACCGGAGGGCCUCGCGAUGACUCUCGUCAUGGUCGCGCGCGGCGUGCGGCCGCGCAACGCCAUGCUCUGGAGCGUCUUCACGAGCCUCCCGCAGCCGCUCGUCGCCGUCCCCGCGUUCCUCGGCGCCAACACCUUCACUCAGUUCCUCCCGCUCUGCAUGGGCUUCGCCGCGGGUUGCAUGAUCUGGAUCGUUUUCGGCGAGGUUCUCCCGGAGUGUAUUAAAGAGGGCGCGAACUCCUCCCACAUCGCCUCCGCCGCGACUCUCUCCGUUGCGUUCAUGGAGGCGCUAGGAGCUUUCCUCGAAGGCGCGGACGCGCCAGAAAGCUGGCACCGAUUGGUACCGAUUGCUUGGGCGCUGCUGUUCUUUCUCGGGCCACUCGUAGGGUCCGUACUCCCGCUCAUCCUGUCCCACUCGCUCCCUGCCCCUGUGUCGCCGCCUCUGCUAUCUGGGCUAGCGGGAGGGGCGCUGCUCGGUUUGGCGCUGUGGCAGCCGGUGCAGCUGCUGGUAACUGGGCAGAUGGAGGUGUUGCCUCUGCUGUCAGUGUUCUAUGUGGGCUGUGUGCUGCAUUACUUUUGUGCCAGUAUGGGGCGGGGCCUGGGGGGUGGGUGUGUGGGCAACGCGCAGCAGAAAUUGCAGGGCGGUUUUGGUGACGUUCAGUAUAGUCACGGGCUGCAGCAGUGGGUUGGGGACGGCGAUGAGAAGGAGGUGCUCCGGGCGUGCAAGCCGAGCCUGCAGCUUAGCUACGGAAUCCGAACCUCCAUUCUGGUCUGUAUUGCUGUCUCAGGCCAUGCUUUCGCGGAGGGGCUUCUGUUGGGGCAGAAAGCAGCGCCAGGAGGGGACCUAGGAGGAGAUUUAGGAGCAAGAGGAAGAGGAGGAGGGAGAGUAGGAGAGAUUGGGAUGCGCAUGCUGCUUCCAGCAGCCAUUCAUGGAGUGCCACGUGGCAUUGCUGCAGCAGCCGCUGCACUAGGUUCCUUCUCCAUCACUCGUUCCACCCCGGAGCUUCCCGUAGCAGCUGUUCCGUUAGCACUCGCAUCGGCGGCUGUAGCAGGGCUGGCUGGGCCUAUCGGUGCUGUAGCGUCUUUCUUUUUGCUUCAUACCUUUGGAGCUGGGCUGCUGAACUGGCUUGUGCUAGCCUGCGGCUUGCUGGCCCCUGCAGGAUUGGAUCAGCUGCUGCCUGGAGGGCUGUGGGUGGCUGGUGGGAGAGGAGUUGUGAGUGGAAAAGGAGGGGAAUGGGGAUGGAGUGUUUUGGAUAGGAGACGAGUGGUUGUGGGGGCGGUGUCGGGAGGGCUGCUGGUUCUCAAGCGGCUGGCGUGCUGUGUGGCAAGGGCGGCAGCAGAGGCAGAGGCGCGCAGGCAGCGAGGGCUGCUGAACGCACAUGAGGUGGUGAGGAGGGAGCAGGAUAAGGCCAGCAGAGCAGCAGCCAUGGCUGGUGGCGGAGCAAGUGGGGGAGGUGGAAUCGGUAGGCCUGGAGUGGGUGGGGCAGGUGCGGGUCGGGGUAUGCCCAUGGGUGGGGGGAGGCCGAGUCCUGCUGUACCUGGUGGCUCUGCUUCUUCCCUCAGUAGUGCAGGGGGUGUGAGCUACCCUCCUGCUGCCAGAGCUGCUGCUGUGUCUAAUUGGAAAGGGGGUAGUUGCAGUGCUGUGCCUGGGGAUGCUUCAGUUGAGGCUUAUGGUGGAGGGAUGGGGGGGUUCACUGGGGGAGUGGGUGGGGGGACAGGCAGUUAUGGGGCGUCUGUUGGGGGUGGCAAGGUGGCAGGUGGGCCAGGGAAGAGCAGUGGAGGGGGAUGGGGGGGAGGGAAGAGUGUUGGAGGGUGGUGA